AUGUUAAAAAUACUUAUUUAUUUGUGUGUGAUCGGAUACUCCCUCGAUACCGUAUUGGGCUCGGGAGAACUCGACUACGAAUACUAUGAUGAUAAUAGUAAAGAGAUCCAAGCAUCUGAUGAUGAAGAAAUUCCCACUAAACAUAAGGUAGAGCCAUUAGGAAAUGACUAUGGAUUGUUUGAUUUAGACAACGUCAAGAACAGCAAUAAUAAAGAUGAUGAUCUUCAGUAUAGUGAAAUUAAAGACGAAGAUUAUCAGAUCGAAGAUAAUCGAUCGGACCAAGAUGCAAUAAAAGACGAUGGUGACGUAGAAACAAAUUUUAAGUUAUUAUCCGGUGACCCUGAUUUAGCUCCUGUUGAUGAUUUGGUCAAGUCGAUUAACGAAGAUGACAAAUCAACUGAACAACGUCCAAUGGACCACGCUGAAUUUGAGAAGGCUAUAAACAAUUACUUAGACGAAACUAAGGAAAAAUCUUCUAAGAACGAUAUUCUGGAAGAAACAAAAUCUAUUUUACGGGAAGAUAAUGGUAACGACUUUGAGAAAAUACAAGCCUUAAAUGAAGGUGCAGAUAUACAAAAUGUAGUUGAUGAAACAAACAAAUUAUUAAAUGAGACCGAUGACAAGUUUGAUGAAAACACCCUCAGUACUCAAUCGACUGAAUCAACUACAAAAGUAGAAGAAAAUUAUGACUCAAAAGAAAAAGCUUUCAAUGACUUACUGACCGAUUUGGACAAUUUACAUGCCACUUGGAGUAAGCUGAGUAGUGAUUUUAAUGAUAAAUUAAAUGAGGAAACAAAUCUUGGUUAUGAUGAUAACUACGAUAAGGCUGACGACCAAGAUUAUGAAGAAAUCAGUGACGACAACUUGGACAGAAUAUUUAAUGACGAGUCAGAAGAGAACGAUUACGAUGGCGAAUCGUACAGAGACGACUCGCCGGCUGAAAAUAAAGAAAACCAACCCAUUUUUUACUUGAAUGACGCUUUAUCUGCAUCUGAUUCUACACCGACUGAUACUUCAACAACUGCAGAUUCAAAAACCGAGUCCACUGACUCUAUAGAUAUUGUUUCUGAUACCACUCCAAUUGAUACCAUAUCCAUGACGGAUACUGCAAACACAGUAAGUGAUGAAAAGGAAUCCGCCACACCAAAACUUACCAAAAUUUCAAAAACUGAAACGACAAAGCCAUUACCGGAGCUGGAUGAAAUUGAUUCGAACGAGAAAGCAGAGUUUUAUGAAAAAUAUACUGCGGAGCGCGAAGCACUUUCCCCUACUAAUAGCACUAUUCGUCUCCAUCUAUCUGUCAACAACACCUCGAUUCUCACGUCUCCGAAUUAUCCAGGAUUUUAUCCCUCAAACGUUAUCGUAGAUUACAUCAUCACGGGUGAAGGGCAAGGAAUUGAAAUGAAUGUAACAGAUUUUGCUGUCAACGGUUACAUAGGCGACUAUGUAUUAAUAAUACCAGGUCAAAUUGAACAGAAGGGUUCCGACGGAAUUAUUAUAACCUACCACUUGAAUUCUGGGCGUCGUUUCCGGUUUAGUGACGUAGACCGGAUGUUCAUACGUUUAGAGACAAAGCAGGGCAUGCAGUAUAGAGGUUUCAAUAUGACUCUAAGAAAUAUAAUGCCAAAAGUAGAAAUAGUAGAUCUGGAAAAAGAAGACGAGAUACCAACAUGGACAUCAAACCAUACCCUGAGUGUUAAUUUAGGAGGAGUGUCUAUCAAUGGCUUUAUAGCUAAAGAAGAAGAAUUCAGAAGAAUCAUUGCUGAUAUGGCGACGCUGUACAUCAACGCUAAGAACAUUGAACCUGGUCUUAACACUACGUUACAAGUCACGCAGAUUCUCUCCAGAGCUCUAUGCUUCCACAACUGGCCCGGAUCAGACCAGUGCACCGAAAUCACCUUCUCCGUGCCUCUGGUCUACGAUAACGAGGAUCUGGAAACCAGAUUCACUCGGGAGGAUUUGCGGGAUAUGUGGAACAGCUACUCGGGAAUUGAUCCUUUUGCUGUGCGACUUGAAAGGCUGGGUAUACAAGAAUUCAACUAUCCAGAUGAUGAAAGCACGCUGACUGUCUGGUUGGUGAUAGCAGCUGGAGUUAUUAUCUCGAUGGCCAUGCUUGCUUUUGCACUGUGGAGGUUCAGCUGUUUCGAAGAAUAUACCAAGAUGCCAGCGUACAGCGAUACAGACAGCUUGAACGAGAAGCGAGUAUUGGAGUUGUAUCCAACCCCCCAUCAAACGCUGCCCCCUCUAUACACAGAAGACAAUGUCAAGUGGGCUGAUGACGUCUAUAGUCCUAAAGAUACCGGUUUCGCUAACAAGAGCUACAUGCGAGAUAUGUAUGACAUGGACUCUGAUGAUGAAGCACUUCCAACACCAAAUAGAUACCAAUCAGGUGCCAUCAGUCCACGUGAUAUUUACAAUGUGUAA